AUGUUCCCCGUCCUUCGCAAAGCGGUGCCUGCCGCUUGGCGAAGAACUGUUUCCAACCUGCCGCAUACCAGCCAGUCGUAUGCGGAGUCGCUGAUUGCCAGCUUGCAGAACCCGACUCUCACCAGAGACCUCAAACGCAAGACGCUGCUGGUGCUUCUGCGAAACCUCAGGAACGGCCAGUCUGUGCUGUCUCAGCCGCUUAUUAACUCGCUUUUUAGCCUGUGGCUGCCCUUUUUUGGCGAUAAAGACGUGCAGAGCUGUCUGCUGGACGGCGGCCAGUCGAAAGAGCUCACCAGCAUGCUCAUUCAGUCGUAUACACUGAAGGGAGAAUACGAUCUUGCUUUGAAUAAUAUAGAAAAAAGCACGCUUGUGGUGGACAGGUUCCCGUGCGAGUUGCUUGCCUACCAUUUGAUAGUCAACAAGCAGUUUGAGAUGGCUUAUCGAUUGAUAGACCUGCUCUACACCAAACGGUACCCGCAAAUACUUAACCAGCAGAUCUUGGAGCUGCUGGUGAAAAGCUCGCUGGACGAAGGCCGGGUUGAUCUGGUGUCGAGGUUUGUGGUUGGGUUCGUUUUUCUGUUCGACCGUCCGCUCAUGAACCUUUCUGAUGAGCUUGCAGGGCGUCUUGCGCGGCUGAGCAUCGAGAGACUUGAUUUUGCUACGUUUGCGAAAACCGUCGACUACCAGGCCAAAAGACUCAUGUUGACCGACGAAAAUGGCGCCACACAGUUCAGACACCAGAUGGGGCUGCUCAGGUUCAAAGGAUACGUCGCCAAGCUUGGCGGAGAGCGUGUCAUCGAGAGUGGUAUUUUUUUCAACUUGGGAUUUUUGGAAAGCGAGUGUCGCGCUACAGACUUCCCGACAUUGACACACGAUUUAGCCCACGCCAUUGGCAGUCGCCUGAAUCUGCAUCAGGCAAUUGUUCUCAUUGAGCAAAUGCACGGAUACCAUCUGAAAGAGUACCGCGACCGAUACUCGCCAGCACUGCAUCCCGACCACCAGCUGUACCGUAUGAUGAGGCAGAAAAGUGACCCCGAGAUUGAGUUUGAAGAGCUCAAGGGCGACUACGCUCAGCACACGUCGAGUGUGGGAAAGCCUAACCGCAAGACGCACAAGUACAGGAUGCGCAAGGCGAUAUCGUCCAAGCCGUUCAGCGUGCUACCGUUAAAUAUUAUGCUGAAAACCAUUAGCGAGUCGAGCAACGACUUCCGGCUCGCAGUGCAGCUGGUGAAUUCCAUGGUUCGCAAAAGACGAUGCGAGCUCAACGAAGAGUCUCUCUACUACAUGUUGAAAAUUUCCACCGCUAGCGAGAUGGUCAACGUAGACCUGCUCACGUCGCUCCUCAACAGCUUCGACAUACAGCCCAGUGCCAAAACGUACCAUCUGAUGUUCGACAUUCUCAUAAAAACGGGGCGCGUGGACCUGCUCCGACGCUAUUUCGACGAAUACAAAACACACAAACACUACGUCUCCCGCGAGAUGCACCGCAAAAUAUCAGCACUGAUAAACAUAUAG